AUGUGGUUGGUUCUGCGGAGUAGAUUGCGCCGCGCUGAAGCCAUUGUGGUAGAAGUCGAAGUCUGGCCAGGCGUUGGGCUGACCCAGCAACAGAAGGUUUCUCAGAGUAUUUUCUAUCUUGAACAUUUCAAGGUGGUCGCUCACCAGAGAGGUACUAACGACUUUGAUACCAAACAUACGAACGUCAAUAUGCCCCAAGAGACAGUGCCUUGGGAUGUCUUUCCGCCGACACCAAAAUUGGACUUAUCCAAGGCCCAUCAACAAGGACUGCUGAAAACAGCAAGAGGCAUACGACUCUGGCAUGCAGUAUUUGGCAUUCCCCUCGAAAAGUCCCUGCGGGCCGGCCGAGUGCCCAUUCUGUUGAUGCACGGAGGAGUAGUCAGCUCCGACUGGAAUGCACUGCAAGUCGACUUCCUAGCACCCAAUUACACAGUGAUUGUGCUGGAUCUUCCUGGCCACGGACGGUCACCUUUCGAUGACCGCGAACUAUCCUACCCAAAGCUGGCAGGUGAUGUUGCUGGCGUGCUCGACGUCCUGAAAGUCCCGAAAGCUGCAAUUGUAUCUUGGUCGGAAGGGACCAUGCUUGCCUGGUCUAUGCUGGCAUACGGCCAUCACGACCGAGUUGAUCGCAUGUUUGCGUACUCUGUUCUUGAUGACUACCGCAAGGCAGACGCCGAGAAGGUGAUGGGAAUCUGGAUGGUGGGCGAGUUCUUUACUCGAGCGCAGCGAGAAUGGGAAGAGGCCCAUCCUGGGGAGAAAUGGGAUGACUUUCUGGGCGCCUGGAUGAAAAUGUGGUUGCGGGAGCCGAUCUGGACAGCUGAGACUUUCAAGCAUCUUCCCAUCAGAGGCGAGAGCAAGGACGCUCCCAUCGUUUGGGUAGUCACCGGAGAUCACGAUGAAUGGAUCCCACCGGAGACGCAUGAUCGAGUGGCCAAAUUCAUUCCCAACUCGAGCUAUCUCAAGAUGCCGAGUGCUGGCCAUCUAACUUUCAUGCAACAGCCUGCGAUCGACGUUCUACGGCGGCAUCAGAAAAAUCACGAAAACCUCAACGAAACAGCAGAGAACUUCACAAAGCGACCAACUAAGCGGAGGAAAGACAAUUCGAGACAUGGCAUCGUAUCCGCGUCCAACAACAAUGCUCCUGCCUCAACCGAUCAGAUUCAGCAGCAGGAGCAACUUUCUCCUUCGCACGCAAUCGAGAGAGAGCUUUCAGAUCACAACCCGGACCUUGAAGCGGUGUUUCAGGGUCUCGACAAUGGGGUGCACGACGGCGUUGUUGUCACUGCCACAGAUGUCAUUGACCAGUCACACGGUGACCUACGGGUGCAGAGCCCUACUGAACCUGACCCUUCGCAUGAUGCCACCACGCAAGAGGACCAGGUACCCACCAGCAAUGCCGUGGCUAUCGACGCUUCAGCUGGUGCAGAGAUUCCAUCACUCAACACUCCAUCACUAAACCCCGAAAUCAACAUUAGCUCAUUUGCAUUUGCCUCUCCUGCCCCUACCAACGUAGCUCCGGCUUUUGGCAAAGACUCGGAGUUCAAUUACAACUUCCCAACAGCCCCUUCCCUGGAUGACCUGCAGCUGGGUGACCCGACAGACAUGCUGGACUCGUGGCUGUUCCAGUACGAUCCUAGCUCGCUGAUGAACCCUCUUCCCGACUUUUUGCCCGGCCUGUUAUUACCAACUUGGAAUUGUGGAUCACAGCUCGGCAUAUUCAGUGAAGACCAUGUGGCUCCGAAAAUCGUGGACGGGAGCCUCGCCCCAACCACUCGAUUCAUGAACCGAGUUUCACGCCAGCGCUUUCAGAAAAUCUCAAGCCAUUGGCAGUCGCGUUCGAACAGAACAACUCGACUCAUGCCAAGUCUGUGGCACGACCUUUCAUCCUCUGAGAGAAGGAAUAUAUACUGCAAGAAUGUAUCACCUGGCACAAACGAGGACGCUCGUCAAAGUAGGAUUUCGCGAUGGGGGUUUGACGACGAAUGCCGUCAACAAAUGCAACUUACUCUCAACAGCCUGACUCAAGCCGGCAGCGUCUGCUCACCACUGUCGACCGAGUCGGUCGUGCCCGAUGACGCUUCUCGGUCAAAUAGCACAACAAGCUAUCACGUUGGUGAAGUUGUGCUUCCGUCAACAGAGACUUGUGAAGUAGCCCUGGAGAUCUACUUCCAUCAAUUUCAUCCGACGUUGCCGGUUAUUCACCUACCCACCUUCUCGGCCAAGGGGGCACCAUUUGCUAUGCUUUUCGUGCUUUGUCUGCUUGGGUUCAGUAUUUUGGGCACUCCAAGCGCUACGAAGCUUGUGUCGGACACUUUCCCCAUGGUAAUCCAACUUGUAUCCACGGAAUUACAAUCUAGUACUGCUAGAAAAGGUUCCCCUGCUGAGCAAGCAACCUUGUUGGUCACCGCACUCCUGACACUAAGUUUGGCUUCGAUUACAGGACAAAAUUCAAGGCGCAUGGCGCAAGCGGAGAUGCUCUACGUAAACCUGAUAUCGAUAGCUCAAUGGCAUGGCUUGUUCUCUGUGAAUGGAGAUCUUUCCGUUACUGAGGAAUUGGAUGCAAUCCGUGACAAUGAGAAGAAAUGGUAUGCCUGGAGCAAGAUUGAAUGUGUAAAAAGGUUGAUAAUUGGGCUCGUGGAGAUCGAUGACUGGUUUGCAAGCUACUUUUCGACGAGUCCCAUGAUCCGUCCAGAGACCCUACAGAUCCUUCCACCUUCCGAAAACAAAAUCUUUCACGCAAACACGGCUUCGCUUUGGAUGCAAUACAUAAAGAACAACGGCGGUGUGCAUACGCCUUCCAUCGCCACUUCUGUUGACUCAUCACUCGAUCAAUUACGACCUACAGUGUUACCAGCACUGUUGACUCUACUUCAACAUCAGAUAUACGACGCAAAUUACCGUUUGCUACUGUCCAAUGAAGGACUCAACCCAGAGCGGCUUCUUGAGCCAUGGCAGCUGUAUACAAAAGAGGCUAGUGAUUUGAUGCUAAUCUCUCGCAUUGCCACCUUGCCAGCAACAGGUGCCAAUCCCCUGACAAAGGCGGACAUCAACGGGCUCAUUUCAUGGCAUAUGUCCUGCAUGAUGCUAUCAUCGAACAUACGACUGUUUGAAGAUGCUGCAGGCAGAUCCGGACCUGCAGCGGUAUCCGUGGCAAUGAGCCAAAUUGCAAGGUGGUCUUCCACGUCUACAGCUCGACGCGCCGUGUUGCAUUCUGCGCAGGUUUUCAAACUCCUUUUUCAUAGGAGAAUCUCCGACGUCAUCAGUGUGCAUGCAGUGGCCGCGUUGUUCAAGUCGGCACUUAUACUCAGCUUUUAUCUCUUGACGGCUCCAACGAACCCACAGUCAAGCUCAGAAAGUCCAUUGGAACUAUUUGAUGAAAUCGACUGGUCACACAUCGGGACUUGCGGUUUGGUUGAUGUGGUGGACUCAAGUAUCAGGCCUUGUCAAGCUACCACGCCGGACAGUCAUGCCAUGCAGUUCAUCAAACAGGGCCGCCCGUUCAGUAUCACGGGGAUUGUGCAUCCACCAGGUUAUUCAUCUUGUGGAAGGGUAUUGCUUCACGCCGCUGAUCUAAUGCAAACAUUGGGCAAAUGGAAGUCGCGGACAUUCUCACAGAUUUUACACCUCCUCACGGAUGAUUUGAUGGAUAUCGACGGCACGUGCGGUGAGGACGAAGACUAG